CAAUAUGGCGAACUUCACACCAGUCAACGGCAGUACAAGCAACCAGUCUGUGCGCCUGGUAACGUCAACUCACAACCGCUACGAGACUGUGGAGAUGGUGUUCAUCGCCACGGUGACGGGCUCGCUGAGCCUGGUGACUGUCGUAGGCAACAUCCUGGUGAUGCUGUCCAUCAAGGUCAACAGACAACUGCAGACGGUCAACAACUACUUCCUGUUCAGCCUGGCUUGUGCAGAUCUCAUCAUAGGCGCUUUCUCCAUGAAUCUCUACACCCUGUACAUCAUCAAGGGCUACUGGCCUCUGGGCGCUGUGGUGUGUGACCUGUGGCUGGCCCUGGACUAUGUGGUGAGCAACGCCUCCGUCAUGAACCUUCUCAUCAUCAGCUUCGAUCGCUACUUCUGUGUCACCAAGCCCCUCACCUACCCAGCCCGUCGUACCACCAAGAUGGCAGGGCUCAUGAUUGCAGCUGCCUGGGUCCUAUCCUUUGUGCUCUGGGCGCCUGCCAUCUUGUUCUGGCAAUUUGUGGUGGGCAAGAGGACAGUACCUGACAACCAGUGCUUUAUUCAGUUCCUGUCCAACCCAGCAGUGACCUUCGGCACAGCCAUCGCGGCCUUCUACCUGCCUGUGGUCAUCAUGACCGUGCUCUACAUUCAUAUUUCUCUGGCCAGUCGCAGCCGAGUCCAUAAGCACCGACCUGAGGGUCCCAAGGAGAAGAAGGCCAAGACCCUGGCUUUCCUCAAGAGCCCCCUGAUGAAGCAGAGCAUGAAGAAACCCCCGCCUGGUGGGACAGCCAGGGAGGAGCUGCGCAAUGGGAAGCUGGAAGAGGCGCCUCCACCGGCCCUGCCCCCACCCCCGCCACGCCCAGUGGCCGACAAGGACACUUCCAAUGAGUCUAGCUCCGGCAGCGUCACCCAGAACACCAAGGAACGCCCAGCCACAGAGCUGUCCACCACAGAGGCUACCACACCUGCCAUGCCCGCGCCUAGCCUGCAGCCACGAACCCUCAACCCAGCCUCCAAAUGGUCCAAGAUCCAGAUUGUGACCAAGCAGACUGGCAACGAGUGUGUGACAGCCAUCGAGAUUGUGCCCGCCACGCCAGCUGGCAUGCGUCCCGCAGCCAACGUGGCCCGAAAGUUUGCCAGCAUCGCUCGUAAUCAGGUGCGCAAGAAGCGGCAGAUGGCAGCUCGGGAGCGCAAAGUGACUCGGACCAUCUUUGCCAUCCUGCUGGCCUUCAUCCUCACCUGGACGCCCUACAACGUCAUGGUCCUGGUGAACACCUUCUGCCAGAGCUGCAUCCCCGACACCGUGUGGUCCAUUGGCUACUGGCUCUGCUACGUCAACAGCACCAUCAACCCUGCCUGCUACGCGCUCUGCAACGCCACAUUCAAAAAGACCUUCCGGCACCUGCUGCUGUGCCAGUACCGGAACAUCGGCACAGCCAGGUAGGCAGGCAGGUGCGCUAGGAGGUGCUGGGGUUACGUGUGUGUGCUGGGGGACCACAGGGCUCACCAGCCAAGGGGAAGAGAGUCGGAGGCCCUGUGUUCCGUAUUUCCAUCUGCUGAAGAGAACUGCGGUCUC